AUGGCGAAAGGUGGCGGUGAUGCGGAAUCUUAUCGAUUGGAGGGCAAUGAACAUUUUCGUUCCUCGCGCUAUCACAAUGCUAUUUCCAGUUAUACCAAAUCGUUGGAAUGCUCGAAAACAUCAGCAGUGCUUUCCAACAGAGCUCAGGCAUACCUCAACACCAAACAGUUAAUUAGUUUUAAUUCUAAAUGUAGGAAAUUUGACAUGAUGAACAACGAUUCAGUUUUCUAA